UUUUUUUUAUUCCCCAAUUUCAACGCAACAACCAACGAUCAUCACAUCUAAUACCAUUAACUCUACACAACACAUAACAGGCAUAUUUCUCUCACGCGUACCGAAAAGAAAAUAAAUAGAAACAUGCCUGGAAAACAUGAGAACGUUACAAUGUUCCAGUUCUUUGAGUGGUACACUCCUGCAGAUCAAAAGCACUGGAUCCGUCUCAAGGAACAAGCUAGCUUGCUGAGCACUCUUGGUCUCACUGCCGUUUGGGUUCCACCACCCACCAAGGGCAGUUCUGCUGAAGAUGUAGGCUAUGGUGUCUAUGACCUCUGGGAUAUGGGUGAAUUCGAUCAAAAGGGCACAAUUGCGACCAAGUAUGGAACCAAAGACGAGCUCAAGGCCGCAAUUGAUGAAUGUAGAAACUAUGGUAUCCGGGUCUACUUUGAUGCUGUCCUCAACCACAAGGCCGCAGGAGAUGAGACCGAGGUCUUCAAGGCUGUUGCGGUUGCUGAAGAUGAUCGCACUCAAGAGAUCGAAGCACCUCACAAUAUUACAGCCUGGACCAAAUUCAUUUUCCCAGGCCGUAAAGGCAAAUACUCCGACUUUGUCUGGGGCCACCAACACUUUUCGGGUACCGAUUGGGAUGCCAAGGAGGAGCGUUCUGCCGUCUUUAAAAUCAAAGGAAAAAACAAAAGCUUCGCCGAAGAUGUCGAUGGUGAAAACGGCAAUUUUGAUUAUUUGAUGUGCUGUAACAUCGAUUAUAAACACCCGGAUGUUGUUGCUGAAACUAAACGCUGGGCAUUAUGGUGUGUAAAUGAGUUUGGUAUCGAUGGAUUCAGAAUUGAUGCCCUCAAGCAUAUCAGCGCGGGAUUCAUCGCUCAUCUCUUAGACUAUGUUAGGAAAGAGACCAACAACCCAGACUUCUUCGCUGUUGGAGAGUACUGGAAGGAAGAUGUCAAUGAUUUGAGGUCGCACUUAGAAACUAACGACAACAUCCAUCUAUUCGAUGUCCCACUGCACUACAAUUUUGUUCGUGCAGCAAGUGAAGGUCCUUCAUUCGACAUGAGAACGAUCUUUGACGGCUCCUUGGUUCAGUCAAUCCCUCAGGCUGCCGUCACCUUUAUUGAUAAUCACGACACUCAGCCCCAUCAAGCACUGGAAAGCUGGGUCGAGCCUUGGUUCAAGCCUCUUGCUGCUGCUCUCAUCUACCUUCGUUUCGAUGGAUUCCCCUGCCUCUUCUAUGGAGACUUUUACGGCAUCGAGGCCAAGUCCUCAGAGGGGUCUCAUACUGCUAUUCCAGGCCGUAAAGAAAUGUUCUCGCGCAUGCUCUUGGCACGUAAAGAGUUUGCAUAUGGUGAUCAGAACGACUACUUGGAUCAUCCCAACUGCAUCGGUUGGGUCCGUCAUGGCGAUAGGUACCAUCCCAGAGGGUUGGCCGUCGUCAUGUCCAACUCGAAUGCCAAGGGUUAUAAGAAGAUGAACGUUGGUAGCCAUCGAGCCGGUCAGGUUUGGGUUGAUAUGAUGGGAUAUUGGAAAGAUCCUGUCACGAUCAAAGAGGAUGGUUGGGCCAAGUUCUAUUGCCAUUCCGGUAGUGUCAGUCUGUGGGUUCAGAAGGAAGAAGACAAAUCUUGGAUUACCGUGGAAGAGUCCAGCCCUGAAGAUCAAGAAAGACACGCUCGCGAAGAGGAUUAUGCUCGUGAGCAUGCUAAUGAUGAAAGCGACGAAGAGGAUGAGUUUGAGGCACCUCAUCCUGAUCUUCCUAAGCCAUUGGAUACCUGGGAUCAUCUCUUGGAGGAUGACCAGCCUCGGCGUUAAGCAACUUUAAAAAAAGCUUGCUUUCCUAUACCCCUCUUCUACAGUCAACUUUAAUCAACUUUAGAUUUUUGCAAUAAAACAGUAAAAGCAAGCAUCUUUGUCAUAAGAAGUGC